AUGCUGUUUCAUGUGGGCAUAAUUCUGUUGGUUUUGGCCGUUCUGGCCUACAUCACGGUGUAUCUUCUAUCACAUACGCCCCGGAAAAUAUUCGACUCAGAGACAAAGUUUUAUGCCAGUUAUGAUGAGACUGAGCCAUUGCAUGCCCUUCCACCAAAAAAUUCUGCUGCUACAGAUGGAAUCAAGAUUAGCUUGGUUGUUCCAUGCUAUAAUGAGACUCAGAGGCUGAAACUGAUGCUGGAUGAAGCUGUUUCAUAUUUGAAGUCCAAGUAUCCAGAUGCUUACGAAAUUGUUCUUGUGGAUGAUGGGUCCAAGGACGGAACUGCGGAGUAUGCUUUGAAGCUCGCAUCCAAGACAUACGGUCUUAAGCCAGGCGUUCUGCGAGUGGUGAAGUUUGUCAAAAACAGAGGCAAAGGAGGAGCUGUUACACACGGUCUUCAAUUCAUAAGGGGAAGUUAUGGGAUUUUUGCAGAUGCAGAUGGUGCUUCAAAGUUCUCAGACCUUUCCAAGUUGAUGUCGGCCAUUGAGGCAGCGGACAACGGAGAACCACAUAGCAUACCAGCCGUUGCCAUAGGGUCAAGAGCUCACAUGGUCAGUACUGAUGCCGUUGUCAAGAGAUCAUUCAUCAGAAAUUUCCUCAUGUAUGGCCUUCAUACGCUCGUUUUCGUGUUUGGAAUACGAACCAUCAGAGACACUCAGUGCGGAUUCAAGUUGUUCAAUAAAGCUGCCAUUCGGGAAAUCUUUCCUUACAUGCACACAGAGGGCUGGAUAUUCGAUGUUGAGAUUUUAAUCUUGGCAAUCCAGAAAGGAAUCAGUGUGAGUGAGGUACCCAUAUCAUGGCACGAGGUGGACGGGUCCAAGAUGGAUCUUGCCAGGGACAGUGUGUUAAUGGCAGUUGACCUUGUGAUUACACGGAUGAGCUAUAUAAUGGGCAUAUACCGGUAUGGCUCGAAAAACGCGAAAUCUGAAUAG